AUGACGGCUCUAUCACUCCGUCUCCCGUCUCUCGAAGGCGGCGAUCCCUGGAUCGUCCAUCAGAAACUAUUCGACAUUCUCAAUGAAUACCUGCAGCCUACCAGCAGUACCAUUUCAUCUGCUGCGGCGAAGGAAAUCGACAGCCUGACGCCAAAGAAACGACAAGGCUUAGGCUCUUCCGACGACGCCAAACCCAAGGAGGACUACGAGAGCUUUCUCAUGGAGACGUGGGGCACUUUCAUUGAGAUUGCCCGACAGAUUCCAAGUGAGCAUGCCUCGCAGGACCGCCUGGUUGAGCUGGUAAAGGCGCUGAGUGAGCUGCCAGCAACCAAUGCUGAGAUCUGGGGGUUAUGUAUACUUACAUAUAUCCCCCUAGCACCUGCGUCCGGCGACAAGUCUGCUAGCUCCAAUGAUGCGCAGAGAUGGAUAAACCAAAACGCCUUUGCAGCACGACUUUUGAACCUUGAGAAGGUGUCCUGGUCUAACUUCGCUGUCUGGAGUCUGCGAUCUGCGCUUGAAGAAAAUGUUACAAGUGAUGAAAGCCAUAAGUGCAAUGUUGCCGCUGCAGCUCAGUGGAUGAUGUAUAGCGGCCCCUAUUUGUUGAAAGAGGUCAAGAGUGAUGCUGCUAAAGAAGUUCAGGAGCAAGAGGCAGACAACGGAGAAGCCAAGCCAAACAAGGGUCAGCCACUGGCAGCAGGUACCUUGUAUAAGGGUAAAGGUAAAGAGAGGCUAUGCCCUGAACGUUGGCAGUUCUGGAAACAACAGUUUGGGGAGAUCGCUCAACAGGGUGGUGAAGAGAAUGUCAAGAGUGUUGCUCAGCUAGCAAAGGAGAAGAUGGACUCUGCCGAGUAA